ACUCCGCCACGGUCACUUGAUCGGUUCCUGUUAGCGUUAGACGCGAGAGCUAGUAGCGUUAAGCCAAUUAUACUGCCUAGUACCUUAGAAUUAAUGAUGAAAAACGCAAAGGCCAAAAAUUCAAGGACAUGCUCGGGGCUUUUUAGCGAUUGUGGAUUUUUUGACGUCUCCGUUCGACCGAUGCUGCAACAGGGCCACGAGGGGGAAUUAUGCGGUUGGUUGAAAGAAAUGAGUUUGCUUCACCCAGGCUACAGUUGUCCACAUUCGGAUUGUAAAGGGCGCAAUUUGAUCUGGAGUCCUGCAAGAAUCGUAGACAAGUACAGUUGGUCCUGUCCUGACUGCAUGAGAAAGCAGUCCAUAAGAGAAAAGUCUUUCUUUUUCGGAAUAAAGUGUGAUCUGAAAAUGUGCCUUCAAGUGAUACUAGGAUGGUGUCAAAAGAUUCCUUGUGAAAGUACCGCUUCUUACUUAGAUGUAAAGAAACACGUUGUUAGAAAGAUAUACGAGCGGUGCGACGAAGUUUCCGCAAUCUAUAUCAAGAAACAUCCAGAUGAGUGGCUGUUAGGCGGCGAAGGUGCAAUAUUAAUUGUGGACGAAUUUCCUGGUGGCUAUAUGACGGAGCAUCAGCCAGACGUAAACUCUGCCAAGAAACGUAAUAAUAAUUCACAUACAAUAAUAUGCGUUGCGGAAGCAAAUACUGUACCACCUCGCGUAUGGCUACACAUGAUCGAAGCUAUUCCAGAGCCGCAAAAAAUUGACAAGUUACAAACAGGAGUCGACAAGAGUAACAUGGUGAAAGAAGCUUUGAGGGAGAUUGCCAGGCAUACGCUACCAGGAAGUUAUAUAGUAGCAAAUGAUCGCGCUCGCUGCUGCAGUUACGAAGCUUUACAGAAUUUAAGACAAUACAAACUUAUCAGUGUCGAGCAACUACAGAAAUUUGACCCACCUGGUAAAAGUAAACUUCUCGACAAUCUUGAAACAAUUUGGCAAAGCGCCGUCGAAAUAUGUGAGGAAGUUCAAGAAGCUACGCAUACGUCAGGCCAACAUAUCAUUGCUAGGCAUUUGUGGAGACAAAAAUUUGGUACGUCACCUUCUACCGUGUUUCAAGAUAUGCUUACUCACAUUGCGGAGUAUUAUCGAUUUUCAGAAGAUUAGGCACAAAUAUAAAAAUCUUUGACAUCAUUGUGUCACACAACUGCUGUGUACAAAAAGGUUAUUUCUCAAAAUAACGCUAUAUUUCUUUAUAAGCAUAUACAUUUAUAAAAUAGAUAUCGAAAAACCAUUUUUAAUAUUUUAGAUUAUAUACAAAUUUUACAAGUUGCCUUAUCAAAGCAGAUUGUUCAUAAAGUUUAUAUAUGUAUAUUCCACGUAACUCACUUUUUAUUUGUGGAUAGCAAAAUAUAGAUUUAAAACGGUUAUAUUAUUAAGUCUUCCAAAUAUUAAUAAGCUAUUACUCAUUAUGUAAAAUUAAGGAUUGGUAAUAAUUGUUGAUAUAUUAAGAUUAUAUAACAACAAGAUGGAUUUGAAUAUGUUAAGAAAGCGAUGUGUUAAAUGGUACAGUUUGUGACAAACUAUAUCUAAUGUUUUCAUCUUUGUGCUAAUAUUGACAGAAACUAAUAUUAAAAGACUGACGUUGAUUCUACCAUAGAAUAUUAAAAUAAUUUUGAGCCGAAUAAUACUAGCAAUACUAGCGUAAAUAUGAAAUUAUUGUAACAUAUGUAAUAUCCAUAAUGUUUUCUAAUUGAAAAGAUAUUAAGUAAUCUUACAAUUAGAGGAACUUCUUGUUUUUUUAGUAUCCACAAAUAUUCAAAUACGCACAAAAUUAAAUUUAUGAUAUAAUGUUUUAUAUAUUUUUUACAGUGAAUUUCUCUAUUCUAAAGUUAUUGGAUUAAGUACUUUCUUUAUCUUAGUUUCUCCUUAGUCUUCAAUCUUAUUCAUGUAAUUUAGAAUAAGAAAUGAAUAAAAGAUAUUAUGAUCACGUGAGAUUAUCCAAUGUGAAUGACGAAAGAGCAGUAUAAAAGGAGAUGGAAAAUUUAUUUUAGAAUAGAGGGAUUUGUUUGUGUAUUGUUUUCUUAUUGUUGGAUAUAUAAUGUUACAUCUAUAAAAGAAUCGGACAGGAUUCAUACUAUGUAAUCUGUUUACAAUAUAUCAACUCAAUAUUACUACAUAAAAUUAUCAAUAAAUUUUUUUUAAAUAAAA